GUCUUCUGGUUUUUGCAGGGUGCCAGGGUAUGGCUGCGGGAGCAGGACCAGCUGCAGCCAUGCACUGUUGGCUCAUGUACCGAUGGAAACGUGCUCUUCACCUCAGAUUACGGCAUGGUAUUACAGUACCCCAAGGCAUCCCUUUCCAGAGAAAAGGUCUUGCCAAUGCACCAGACCAGCAUUGAUGGGGUUGAAGACAUGUCCAUGCUGGGAGAUCUGCAUGAAGCUGCCAUCCUGCUUAACCUGCACCAGCGCUACCAACAGGGUAACAUCUAUACAAACAUUGGUUCCAUCUUGGCAUCAGUAAAUCCCUACAAACCCAUCCCUGGUCUGUACAGUGUGGAUGCCAUAGACCUGUACAGACAGCACCGCCUGGGUGAGCUGCCUCCCCAUAUCUUCGCCACCGCUAACGAGUGCUACUGCUGUUUGUGGAAGCGUCAUGACAGCCAGUGUGUUCUGAUAAGUGGAGAAAGUGGAGCUGGAAAGACUGAGAGCACCAAGUUGCUGUUGAAAUUUCUGUCAGCCAUGAGCCAGUCCUCCCUCGGGGCCCCUGCAUUUGAGAAGAGCACUCAUGUGGAAGAAGCCAUUCUGGAAAGCAGCCCUAUUCUGGAGGCCUUUGGAAAUGCCAAGACAGUUUAUAACAACAACUCCAGUCGCUUUGGCAAGUUCAUCCAGCUGCAUUUUUCUCAACAUGGACACAUCCAGGGAGGGCGAGUAACUGACUAUUUACUGGAAAAGAACAGAGUGGUACAUCAGAACCCUGGAGAGAGGAAUUACCACAUCUUUUAUGCUCUGCUAGCUGGUGUGAGCGGGGAGCUGAAAGAGAGUCUAUCCCUCUCUGAGCCAGAGACUUAUCGCUACUUGAACCAGUCUGGCUGUGUGACUGACGAGAACCUGAAUGACACAGAGAUGUUCAGUAAGGUCAUGACUGCUAUGAAGGUGGUGGACUUCAGCACUGAAGAAAUCAGAGACAUCUUCAAACUUCUUUCUGGCACACUUCAUCUGGGAAAUGUUGAAUUCAUGACAGCUGGUGGGGCCCAGAUUACAACUAAAGCAGUGCUGAACAUUGCCAGUGACCUCCUGGGCUUAGAUGCCUUCCAGCUUUCCGAAGUACUAACACAGAGGUCCAUGAUCCUGCGUGGGGAAGAGAUCAGCUCCCCUCUCACUGUGGAGCAGGCAGCUGACUCCAGGGACUCCCUCUCUAUGGCGCUGUAUUCCCAGUGUUUUUCGUGGCUCAUUAGCAAGAUUAAUACGAAGAUCAAAGGCAAGGAAAACUUUAAGUCUGUGGGAAUCCUGGAUAUCUUUGGCUUCGAGAACUUUCAGGUGAAUCGUUUUGAGCAGUUUAACAUUAACUAUGCAAAUGAGAAACUCCAGGAGUAUUUCAACAAACACAUCUUCUCUUUGGAGCAGCUGGAAUACAACAGGGAAGGGAUAAACUGGGAAGCCAUUGACUGGAUGGAUAAUGCAGAGUGCCUGGACCUUAUCGAGAAGAAACUGGGUCUACUGGCUUUGGUGAAUGAAGAGAGUCGAUUCCCCAAAGGCACAGACAACACCCUUCUGGAAAAACUUCACAGCCAGCAUAUGAGCAACCACUACUAUGUGAAGCCUCGGGUAACAGACCACCAGUUUGGCAUAAGACAUUAUGCUGGGGAGGUGCUGUAUGAUGUGCGAGGCUUUCUGGAGAAGAACAGAGACACUUUUCGAGAUGACAUUUUAAACAUGCUGAAAGACAGCAGGCUGGACUUCAUCUAUGACCUUUUCGAAAGAGUCUGCAGUCGUUGCACUGAAGAGACACUGAAGAUGGGCACCCAGAGGCGCAGACCGACUGUCAGUUCACAGUUCAGGGAUUCACUCCAUUCUCUGAUGGCCACGCUUAGUACUUCCAACCCAUUCUUCAUCCGCUGCAUCAAACCAAAUACAGAAAAGGCACCGAACCUCUUCAAUCCAGAUGUGGUGCUAAAUCAGCUCCGGUACUCAGGGAUGCUGGAGACAGUGAAAGUUCGGAGAGCAGGUUUCCCUAUACGGCGCCUUUUCCAGGACUUUCUCAGCAGGUAUAAGAUGCUUGUGAAGGGGCCAAGUUUCUCAGUCGACAGCAGAGCUGUAUGUGCGGGCUUUCUUCAGACCUAUGACAGCAGCCAGAAAGAAUGGCAGUUGGGUAAAACCAAG